CAACCGACUGAUGUCUCGUCGACCAGCUACGGCUCGUAGUUUCACCGCUCCACAAAGCGGGAGAGAGAGAACCGUUUCCAUCCACAUCCUUUAGUUGUUAGGUGUUCAAAUUGUGUAGCACAAUUUAGAUCCGGUAGUCUUCCUUGUACGGUAUGUCUUCCCCGUUUAGGUAUCCUUAUGUUGAAACCGUUAGUAAUCGUCCUUGGUACCAUUCUCAGCUCGGCUGUCCUCUUUCUGUAUUUUAUUUAGACUUUAAGUGUAUACAACUUUCUUACUAGUAGUUAGAUUAAGCGCUAUAAAUGUAUUGUACCUACACUUCAUAUUUUGGUUUACACACGUGUUCGGAGUAUCCUGUUUUCACCUAUGCCAGCAUUUCAUCUUCGUUGAGUACUAUAAAAUGGGCAAAUAAUUUUGAUGCAAGAUAUAUGAAUCCAGAAUUGAAAAGAAAUGAUUUUCCAUGAAUGGCUCUGAAUAUGUGCAAAAAACAAACAACUUUUCAACAAUGAAGUCGACCGGAUUGUGUACGUUUUACUUUUGGAAAUAUGGACUGUUUUGGUAACAAAAAUAAUCUAUUCAAUGAGCAUAGGAAUUUUUCUUAAGGUUCACACCAGUAGAAGAAGCUCCCGUUGAGGAUGACUACAAUAACUCUAAGAAAUAUGGGCUGUUUUGGUAGCAAAGACAAACUAUCCAAAGAGGAUAUGGAUUUUCUGAAAUCGCACACCAGAUACGACGAAGCCACCAUCAAAGAAUGGUACAAAGGAUUCAAACAAGAUUGUCCAAACGGUCGUCUGACGCCGGCUAAGUUCGUGGAUAUGUACAAAAUGUUUUUCCCGAGUGGUAACGCCGAAGAAUUUUGUGACCACGUCUUCCGGACAUUUGACAUGGACAAAAACGGAUACAUAGACUUCAAGGAAUUCCUAUUAGCCAUUGACGUGACGUCUUCGGGAACGCCGGAAGAGAAAUUAAAAUGGGCGUUCAGAAUGUACGACGUGGACGGCAACGGCGUUAUUGAUAUUCAAGAAAUGACCAAAAUCGUUCAGGCCAUCUACGACAUGUUGGGUGCAUGUUCGUCCAACCGUCCGGCCGACUCGGCGGAAGACCGAGCCAAAAACAUAUUCGCCAAAAUGGACGAGAACAACGACGGGCAGCUCACCCAAGACGAAUUCCUCAAAGGCUGUCUGCAAGACGAAGAGCUGUCCAAAAUGCUCGCGCCAUAACCUCUGCCCCGGCUGGCGUGAUAGCCCUUCCCCCCCACCAAAAAAAAAAAAAAAAGAAACGACAACGAAAAACGAAAAAAAAACUCCAUAUUUUGUCACGUCGUUUUAAAAAUCUUUUCUCUCGCCCUUUUCCCACCUUUUAGGGUACGCCUUUGUCGGUGCCAAAAAAAAAAAAAUAAUAAUAA